ACAUUCACAGCCUCAUAAAGUGUAAUGUGUAUAACUGUGAGGAUAAAGGUGGUGGGUAGCAGUAAUGUUGGAACAACUCCAUUUUGUCCAUCAAGUGAGGUAGUAACGUCUUUGUAACGUUAUGGACCUUCAAGAGUUUACUGUACUGGAUGAAGUUGGAGAUGAAGAUGCACAAGUAAGAAAUGUAGACACACAUUUUAAGCCAUCUACAGCAGCAGAGGAAAUUGAUUAUUUGAAUAAAAUUCUUGCAGACAUUGAGAAAAAUGCUGGAAGUUGCAAAAAAUAUCCUGGUAGUGGUAAUAAUAUUGAAGGACAAAGUUUAGAAAAUAACAACAGCUCAGAUUGCAACCUUCUGAGUGAUGGAAAUAGAGAAGGAACUGUUAACAUGCAACAAAAUUCUUUCGAGAAUGGCAGCCAUGAUGAACUGAAGCCUAAUUCUCAUGCUAGUGCCGAAAAAAAGUGUGGGUGUGAUUUUGAUGAACAGGGUGCUGGUAGUGACAAUGAAAAUAAAUAUAUCUUCCAAGUGAAAAGAUGUAUUUCUCAAGGUUUUGAUAUGCCCCAUGCUGAUGAUGAUGUGACUCAAGGUUAUCAUGUAUCUACCUCUAACACAGAUAGUGGCCUUUUACAAAGUGGACUUAGCACUGAACCCAAUCUUAUGACUGCAGACCCAGUCACAAAGUCAGACAGUAAUUCUACUCAAAACAUUAAUGCAUGUCAUUCAAACCGAGAUGCUGAUCUUGGGGAAGAUUUAGAAUAUAAUAUUGGGCCCAUCAGUUUGGCAGUAUUGAACGAGUCUGGGAGCUCAGAGCUAAGACCUAUUACAACUGAUGGCACCACUGCAGUUCCAAUUAAUACCUCAGAUUGCAGGUCACCUGUGCUUGAGUCUCAACAUUAUUCAGCAAGGGACACUUCAAAUAAUUAUCUUUCAGGUGAGGAUGUUUCAGGAUUAACUGAUGCAAAAAAUUCAGCCAAUGAUUUAAAAUUUGACAGUGUUAUACCUGGAAACACUGGCAAUCCCUUAGAAAAUUCACAGGAGCCAGGUUUUGCAAUUCAGAGUACAGAGUCAGAUUUAUUUCAAAUAAAAAUUGAUCUUGCAUUAGUGAAAACAGAACCUGUCACUGUUGAUCCUGCAGAAGAAUUUGAAUUUGUAGGCUUUAUGAGUGAUCCAGCAGAAGACUUUAGAGUGAAGGAAGAAUAUAAACUUGAAGAAGAACCUACAGAUUUUUCAUCAGCAAUAUUUGAUCAGUCGGUUGAUUUGUUUCCUGUUAAGAUAUUUAAAAGUGAAGAUGAGUUUCAAAAUGAGCCACAUAUAGUUCACAGUGUAAGAUUCCUUGUUGAAGAUAAACAUUACAGCAGGGAGCAAGUAACUUCAGCCCAUUUUAUCUCACAAUCUUCACUUGCACCUGUUAUUGAUAUGAAUAUGUUUCAGAAUGUAGGGAAAACCACUUUGGCAUUGAAUCUAAUCAGCUUAGAAGAUUUGAUUCAUAGUCCUAGUCAGGUUCGUCUGGAGGAUGUUGAGAUUCUUAGCUUGUUUGUUAAAAAUUAUGGUAGCUCAUUCUCGGAAUGGAAAAAAAUCUUCAAAUAUAAGACAAAUAAAAGAAAACUGGCAGGACCUCGUAGGAGAGCCAGUAAAAAAAAUAGUCCGAAGAGAAAGAAAUCAAGGAGAACUGAGGCAUGUGUUAAAAGUUUGCACUUAAAUGAAGCAGGUGACUCACUUUAUUGUAAUAAUGAUGGCUCUGAUUCUAGGGAGAAAAAGUAUAUGGAAGUACUCUCUAAUGAGAAAAAUAAAAAGAAAAAAAAGAGGAGGCAUAAGAGUCAUACAAAACAGAAUAAACAGAUUGCAAAAACUGAAGAGAAUUUGGUUAAAGAGAAUUUAGAUGACAUUAAAUUAGUAGCAUUAUAUCAAGAUAAUUCCUGUGCAUCAACUGGCUUGGCUAAAGUAUCUGAUUUUGGUGGUAUACAGAAACAACAAGUGCUGCCUAAAGAAAAAGAUGUUGAAAAGAUGGAAACAGAGUCGAGGCACAGUCAAUGUGAUACUUCGUCCAUUGAAGACUAUGAAGUUGAGGCCAAACCAGUCAAUAAAUUGGUGUUAAAAGCAGAAGAGAAUUGGGUUAAAGUGGAUGCAGAUGACAUUAAAUUAAAGUCAUACAUUAAAGUGUUUAGUCAAGGUAAUGAUAAUUCCUGUGAUUCAGUUGGUUUGGGUGAAGAGUCACAUUGCAUUGGGACACAAAAACAAGAACUGCAUGAUCAAAAGAAUGUUCAUGUUCAAGAAACAAAUACAGAGAGUCCUAGCCACUGUGAAGUUUUGCUGAAUGAUAAUUUCAUCAAAGUUGAAGCCAAAUCUGACAUAAUCACUGUGCCUAUUAUCUCUGAGGAAAUUAUUGAGGAUUCUGUAAGAAAGAAGUAUAACAGCCAUCAAUUAAUGAAUGCAGAAGCUGAAAAGAAUUUGGUUAAACAGAAUUCAGAUGACACAAAAUUAGAAGCAGUAUUACAUCAUGAUACUGAUAAGUCCUGUGAUUCAACUGGUUUGGAUAAUGGGUCUGAAUGUGAUAAGACGCAAGAACUGCAUAAUCAAAAAGAUGUUCAGAAAACAGAUACACAGAGUCCCAGUCAUUGUGCAAUUUUGCCAAAUGAAGGUAAAUUUAUCAGAGGUGAGGUCAAAUCUGGUGUGAGUAAUAUGACUAUUAGUCCUCAAUGGACCAUGGAUAAUUCUCUGACUAGUAAUUUCUUGGAUGUUCCAGUGACUGAAGAAAAUAUAUUGGAAAAAUCAGGUGAUAUGCCUUGCAUAACCCAGAAGCAUGUGGAGCCACCUGAGAAAAAGGCCAAAAAAGAAAUUGGUAGAAUAAUUUUAAAUGAUUGUAAGCCAUGUACCGUCAGUUUGUUGGAUAUAGCAAAGGACAAAAAAUAUAAGAAUAUAGUUGAAAAGUAUUUAAAAUUGUUGUGCAAAGAAAUAAAAUCUCUGACGCUACCAGAUCUUGUAAAAUGUGAAGACAAGCAAAUAUUUGCCUGUAAGUCAAGUGACCUCCCUACAAGUCUUAGAACCGAUAGAGCCUUAAAUAUUCAGCUAGCGUCAAAAUUUACAGAAUUGGAUGAUCAUCAUAAAGGAGAGGAUGAAAAUACAAUGAAGAGUUCUAGCUGCUCAAACAGAAUAGUUGAAAGUGAAGAUGAACCAGUGCAUGUUGAGGAGGAGGAAGGCUAUAAUAUGGGAAGUAAUAGUGACCAUAACAUUGACAAAAGCGUUGAGCUUGUUACUGCAAAUGAAAGUGAAAGUUUGAAACCAGGAGAAGAACAUACAGACUAUAACCAGGAUAGUUGUAAUUCUCUUGUUCAGGAAGAGUUUGAAAAAGAGAAGGUUUAUGGAAAUGAAAUUUUCACAGCUGCCAGUGAAAAGAGGGGAGACUGUGAUAAAGAUAAUAUAUAUUAUGUUGAUAAAAGCUUGAAAUCUGAAGUUGAAACUUCAGUAGUUGCAGAUGAAAAUAGAGAAGAAAAGAUAAAAACCCCUAAGGAUGCAAUAGAUAAAGAGUUAAAGUUGAUAAAUAAGGAUAAGACUCAAGGCAAAAUGGAAUCAACAAGGGAAGAGAGAGAUAAAUUGAAACGGAGAGAGAAGAAAAAGUCAAAACAAGAGAGAACAUUCGAGAUAAACACAAAAAAGGAACCAGAAGAUUUUAAAAGAAUUAAAAGAGAAAAGACAAGAGUAACUGAAAAUAAAAUGUAUUGUCAUACUAAAUGGAAACAGGAGAAGAUCAGGGAGAAGGAAAAGAAACUUAAAGAACUGGAGCAGAAAAGAAAAGUUGCUGUUCAUCAUGGAUUUAGCAAAUUGGAAACCAUAGAAAAUGAUUCCAUCAGCAAGGAAAAUGUGGCUGCUGCUUGCACUUCUCUGCCAUCUAUUACCACAUUCAAGAUCCCAAAGAAGAAAGUUGUGGAAACAAGAGGCUCUGAUGGUGAUAAGCAAAAUUUAGUUUUAUCAAGAAGGAAAGAAAUUCUUGGACCAGGAAAAGUCUCUAGUUAUUACUCACACAAGACCUCUGGAAAUGAUGACAAGAAUCGAAGUUUCAGUAGGGAGUGGAAUUCUAAGGAAAAUUUAAUGGAACAAAAGUCGAAAGAUAAGGGAUGUAAAAACGGGUUAAAACCCGUUGAAGAACGCUGCCCUCAUUUGGAUAAAAAACAGAAAAUAAGGCUCUAUGAGAAAGUAAAAAGAUUUUACUAUGAGGCUAAGAAAAGAUACCAUGAGGAGAAAGGAGAGAAGAAACAAAUGAAGUAUGUGGAGUAUGAGAAAAGAAAAAAAGAGUAUUACGACUUGAAAAUAUAUCUGUAUGAAGAGAAAAAGAGAGAAUAUGAAGCAAAUAAAAAGAAUCAGAAGGAAAACUUGUCCAAAAGUAGGAAUGUUCGCCAGAGUUCUAAACCAAAGGAAAAAGGCUCAAAACAGAUAUUGGAGCCAGUGUCAACACUUAAAACAAAAACACCUCAAGAUAAUACAGAAGACAUUGGUUGUGCUAAUUCAGAGAAAGAGGAUCCAUAUUCUCCUACUGGCUCACCAAUAUUACUCGAUCCAGAAUUUUCUGAUAUCAAUGUCAGAGCAAGCUUAUUGGAUCAGACAUUACCCUUUGUGAAAAAACCAUCAUUUUUGGAACAGUCAAAACAAGAGAAUGAAAUAAAAGGUACACCAGCUGAUGAUUCCAACGAGUUGAAACACACUUCAGCUCCUCAGACAACUGGUGUAAAUUUGAGUGGCAGUGCUCCUCACAAGAAUUAUUUACCAGCAAAUGGCAUGUCAUUGGGUGCUACAUCCAAUUCUAAUAUUACUAAACUUUAUGAUAAAGUGCCUGGCAUACCUGUACUACCAAGUAAAUCAUCUGUAGUAGUACCUCCACAUGACAAAUCAAUGCCAUCUGCAUCAUUAUUUCCUUCACCUCUCGUACAAAAUGCAUUGCCAUUACCCGUUCCACCUCCCCAGCCAAGUUCGUCACACUCAUCCUUUCCACCUCAACCAUUGAGUAAGUUUACAUCACCAGUUCAGAAUACUCAAGCUAGGCUGACAGUAUCAACUACCUCUUCAUUUCCCAAUGUAUGUGGUGCACCAGUUUCACCCUCAGUGAACACUGCUUUGUUGUUACCUGCCACACCAUGCGAUCGUGUGGCAGCACCAUCUUCUCCAGUUGUCUCUCUUCCUUCUUCAUCUGUAGAUACAGUUGUACCUAUUCCCUGUUCAUCUGCACCCUCUGAAGCAACAGCACAGUCAAGCAAGAUGCUUUCCUGCAGAUAUAAAAAAUCUGGGCCUUCAGACACUCCAUUAGUAUCAACAGUAAUUAAGAAGCAACAGCAGCUACCAGUUGACCUUGUUCCACCACCUCUCCCACCUGAUAAACUUUUUGCUCUAGUGGGAUAUAAUCUAGCAGUAAGUGAAGGUGAACAGAACUCUACUCUAGAUGACACCCUAGAAGUUCCUAUGGAUAUUGAAUCUGAUAGUGAAAUAUGUAACAAUGAAGGGAAUGACACUGAAUAUCUUGCCACAUUUGGUAUUUGCGUAGAUAAUCCAUCAGUAAAUGAACCGCAAGUGUGUCAGACACAUGCUGCCAAUUCUAAUAAAACUGGUAAGAGUUUAAAGAAAGUGUUAAUAAAACUGAUGGAAACAACAAAGGAAAAAAAGCUAGUCAAAAGUUCUCAUAGAAAUAAAAAGGAACAUGAGCAAAAGCAGGAAGUAAAGGAAGUUAUUAGUAAUGCAUCAGAAAAUAGCCAUGCAAGCACUGCUACUGCAGGUAGCCAAGUAAUAAUCCCAGAAACAUCUGACUCAUCGAACUGUUUGGAAAUUAAUGAAGAAGCAGUGGAUGCGAGUGACAUAAAAGUGAAUAUCAAAGAAACCCCUAAAAAGUUAUUUUGUGUAGAUGAACUUCUGAUGUCUGUAGAAGCUGCUGAUCAGCAGUCUGAGCUGCAGGUUGUCUUCUCGAAUGUCCAGAAAAGCUGCAGCAACAAGAUGCUCUUUAGGGAUGAAGUACCAAAAUAUUAUCAAAAGACACCAUUGGCACAAACUCUGGUGGAUAAAUGCCGAGGCAUACCACUUGUGGGUCUUCAGUAUGUGUUGGAGGUGAGACAGGAUGUAGAUAUGACUCUAGAUGGCUGCUACUACAUCUGUGUGAUUUGCAGUAAAAAAAUGAAUACCCACACACUAAUUCCUCACGUCAAAAGUGUUCAUCACAAACUUAAAUUUUCGGAAAUCCACUGCAGAGACAUAUUUCUAAAGUAUGGUUCGUAUUCUAUAAAACAGUGGACAGCUGUCCUAGUCAAAGAAUUUACCAUUGCACUCUCUAAGGUUGAAGCCAAAAUGGGACGACAUAAACUUGCAGUAGCCUACGAAAAGGACUUAUCAUCUGUAUUAACAGCACUUAAGAAUAAAAUCACUGAAAUGAGCAAACUCAGGACAAGGGUUUAGAAAAAGGAACUAUCGACCUGGUCCGAAUUCAGGCUAUAGGAGUCCUUCACAGUCUCCGGUGAGAUCUCCCUUGCCUAAAAGAAACAAUUCCAGAUCGCCUUCAUCCAAGAGGAGAAGAAAAUCAAGUUCACCAGUUAGCAAGAAAACGAAGCGUAGUCGUUCUUCUCCACCUAAGGAGGAAAGCAUGCACGUAUAUACUGGGAGCAGGAAGAGGAGACAGUCCAAGUCACCUAUUUCUCCAUCAAAUAGUCGUUCAGCAUCACACUCCAAGGGUCUACCCACCCAUCACAGAUCGAAUAGCCAGUCACAGUCUAGGUACAGAUCACGUAGUCGUUCACGAUCUAGGCACAGGUCACCAUAUAGGAGGAAUGAUAGACGACCACAGCAGAGCCCUCUGAGGAGCAAGGAAGCACCUAGAGAACAAAAUAAGCUUACCACUGAGGCAAAAUUGAAGGCAUUUAAAGACUCUGAAACAAGACUAAGGGCCCAACACACAAACAAGCAGGUACUGUAUGACAAGCAACCUGAAGCUCAUCCUGACUACAAUCGUGAGUGGAAGAUCUUCUGGGAACGUCGGUGUGGUGAACUGGAAGAAAAGGGGAUUGAUGCAUUUAGUCAUGAUUUCAAAAGUGAAUGGGCAAUUUUUUGGCGUCAACGAAUCAAAGAACUGAUGACCAAUGAAUUUAAAUCCAGACGAUAUUCCCUUUUGAGGAAGUUUAACAUGGAUGAUCCUGAUUUAGAAUUAAGGAAAAAUUUUGACUCUCAUAAAACAGAUACAAAAGUCAAUUCAUCAUGGAGCCCUGUUAGAAAAGAUACAGCUAGUCGCAUUGACAGAUCACCAAGCCCUUGGGAAGAUGAAAGAGUUAGUAAAAGUGCUAAAAAUCCUUCCCCUCCUAAGGAAGUCAACAAUACUCAAGUUGACCCUCCUAACACUUAUGAAGAGGAAUUUUCUGUUAUUGGAACUUUGAAACUUCUAAAUGAAUUAGAAGAUCAGCUUGGUUCUUUUGGUCCUGCUAUCACAAUCCUUCUUGAUAAAGCUAUUGAAAAAACUCAGAAUGGUGGUGAUGCAAUGGAUCUCUUUAGUGAUCCAGAUAAUUUUGUCCUAGUUCGUUAUGCAAGAGAGAAAUUAAGUUCACAAGUUUCUGCAAGAAUUUUAGGAGUUUCAGUUUUAGUGCGCACUCAGAUGGCUGUUGAAAGAGCAAUGUGGCUGCAAUCAGAAGCGGAAAAAUUUGCAAAUAAAGAAAAAUACCUUGGAUUGGAUAUUACUAGCAUUGCUAGAGCAACUCUUGGUAAAGAUAAAAUACAAGUUGCGCAAUACAUUGCACAACAUCUCUUAAACGUUGGUAACUCAAAUGCAAGUGAAGAAGAUUUGCAAAAUAUACUAAUUGCAGUUUCUGCUACUCAUGCAAAAAUUUUUAUAGAGCAAGCAACAAAGCAAGCUCAAGACACCCCUUCAAAUGUUUCACAACCUAUUUAUAGUUCAGUUUCAGAGCCUGUUCAUAGUUCAGCUGCAGAAUCUGUCCAUAACUCAGUUGAACCUGCUUGUACUUCAGUUGAACCUGUUUGUGGUUCAUUUACAGAACCUGUCUGUGGUUCAGUUGCAGAUAGUCCUUUAAGGGAAAAGCCACAAAAAUUUAGUACACUAUCAGAUACAUCUCGGUCAAACAAGUCUCUGUUCCCAUCAGCUAUGUCAAGUAAUCAUACAUCAUCUACUAGUUCUGGUCAUGAUAGUUCUUCCAAAAGUCUUGGCUUGUCUAUGUUACAGUCAGCAUAUGAAGAUGAAACUGCAAAAGAUAUGGAAAAAUUAUCAUUAGAAGACUUAAGGUCACUUCUGGCAAAUUUCCGCUCAUUAAGCCCAGAGGAACAGCAGGCUCUUACCACUUACCUAAAAAAAUUAGAGGCGACUGAUAGCAAUAAAGUAAUGAAGCUGCGUGAAGAAAUGCAGAAAAGUGCGAAAAGUGCUGGGAAAAAGAUAAUGACCCCAUCAAAUGCCAACAAUUCUCAAAAGCAAUCUAAUGAACUGUCCAGAGAUUCUGUUGCCAGUAAGGAUAUACAGCAUCCUGUCACUAAUCCUCCAGCAAAUCGGAAUGCAGAGACGAUUUCAACUCGGCAAACAAAGUCCAGUAUGCAAAAUGAACCUAUAAUAUAUAAUCCCCUUGUAAAAACAGGUUUUUCAGAUAGCUAUCCACCAGAAAAUUUACAUCGAGCAGAACCUGAGAGAGAAAAACCACCCACUUAUCAAGGAAGCUCAAAAUCUCCAGUUGGUCUUACUGAAGCAUUUAGAGAAUUUGAAUCUUCACAUAAUCAGACUGCUGAUUCACAGAACAGGAUGUCAUUUGUUGGUAGGCCUUGUACAGCAAGGGAUGGUUCAAGUUUCACUUCAAGCUCACGUUAUGCUCAGCAAAGAUUUUCAGAAUCUUUUGACAAAGAUUUCUAUGGAAGUGAUUAUAAUAAACAUUUUGGACAAGGUGGCUCUCAUAGCAGUAUCCCAGAAGGUCCAGAGGGUCUACCAAGGUACAACAAACCAGGUGUACAGGAUUUGCCAAAUUAUACACCUGUUCAUGAUAGAGGUUAUCCAUCUCGAGGUAAUCAGUUUCAAAAUAAUUUUAAUGAACAAGGGGAGAAAAACUGGUAUGAUGGAAGGCCGCCUCCUUUUGGACCACCAGGGCAGAUCCAACAAAGUGGCUAUGACAAUUCCCAUAGGAAAAGGCCACCUUUGGGAGGACCUCAUGGGCCCCAUGUUCCAUUUCAACAACCAUGGUAAUUAUCAGUAAUGCAUUUUCCAUUUGUAUAUUUAAAAAAAAUGUUUAAAAAAAUGUUAUACAAACAUUAGGUUGAUCUAAGCUCAUUGUACUGUAAUACACUUUUGAGAAAGAAAAUUUGUAACACGUUAUUUCAUAAGAUGUAUUAACCCUUAAACGGUCCAAACGUAUAUAUAUGUUCUUACGCGUAGCGCCGCAAAGGUAUAUAUACGUUUUAUUUUUCGUGCCUUCAAAUUUGGCAUGAUUGGCCUGAGAUGACUUGUCAGCAUAGAAUAGGUCCUAACACUCAGUGUGUGUGGUAUUAUAAAAAUCUGGGUCUCCUUAGUACCUUGUGGGAGCGCCAGUUAAAUUAAGCGCCAGCUUGAGCAAACAGUGUGGCAAACACUAAGGAUUCACUGAUGUAAUGUCAUAUUAACACUCCUCUUUUAAGAGGAAAGUGAUGUUAACCCCAAGUUUAGGGUCUGUCUGUCUCUUCCUCUGUCUGUCUGUGUGUCUGUCUAUCUCUGUAUCUCUCAAUCUGUCUCUCUUUCUAUCUUGUCUGUCUAUCCCUGUCUCACAGGUACACGUAAAUACAAGUAUGUAUAGUGUAAAUUACCUAGGAUAACCCAAAAAAUUCAGACAAAGUGCUAUACUGUAUUCUGCUUGAAGAUGUGAGUAAACGUGGACGCAGUCUUGUGGCUCUCUGAGACAGAGAGCUAGACCGAUAGACAGGAAGCUUGACAGACAGACAAAUAGACAGACAGACAUGUUUGUGUACCAGUGAAAACAAAGUGAGGGGGAUGUUCAUCAAAUAUCUCUAAUCUUUUCUUAUCAGCUGCACCCUCCCCCACCCUCGUGUAUGCUCAUCAAACGUCAGCUCUUUCAGUUGUUAUCUCAUCAUGUCACUGUCAGGGGUGGACUUUGUUUGUCAUGCUUCAAGGGAACUUAUUAUUCUUCUUUCUUUCAACACACGGGCCAUAUCCCACCGAGGCGGGGUGGCCCAAAAGGAAAAACGAAAGUUUCUCCUUUUACAUUUAGUAAUAUACAGGAGAAGGGGUUACUAGCCCCUUGCUCCUGGCAUUUUAGUCGCCUCGUACAACACACAUGGCUUUCGGAGGAAGAAUUCUGUUCCACUUCCCCAUGGAGGAACUUAUUAUUACCUAUUAUUAUUAUUCUUCCCCAUGGAGGAACUUCUUAUUACCAAUUAUUAUUAUUAUUCUUCUUCCCCAUGGUGGAACUUAUUAUUACCUAUUAUUAUUAUUCUUCCCCAUGGAGGAACUUAUUAUUACCUAUUAUUAUUAUUCUUCCCCAUGGAGGAACUUAUUAUUACCUAUUAUUAUUAUGUAUUAUUAUUCUCCUCCCCCCUCCUCCUCUUCCUCCCUCCUUUUCCUCCUCCUUCUUCCUCCCUCCUUCUUCCUCCCUCCUUUCCCUCCUUCUCCCUCCUUUCCCUCCUUCUCCCUCCUUUCCCUCCUCCUCUUCUCACCUCCUCCUCCUCC